AUGGAGUCGCGCGUCGCCUACCACGGAAAUGACAAGACUGAUAGCAGCAGAGAUAUCAUCAGCAGCCAGACGGGAUCCACCAGCAACCCGCUAGCUCUCUCUACCCACCAGCAACAGGGAGACAUCCUCGCCAUAAGCACUUCUUCGUCGCCGCCGGGCGCUGGCAAGUAUCCUCGCCGCGGAAGACGCGAGAAACCAUGGCCGCCCUCUAAACAGCGGAAGCUGUUGCGCCUCUAUGUCUGCACACAAAGCGAGCGCCUGCCCCUGGUGCGCAUUCUCGAAAGGCUAAAGGAUGGCACUUUUGACCCAAGGCAACGAAAUUCUCACAAGCACCUCAAAAAUCUAUUACCAGACCGUCGCAUCGAUGACUGGCGACCGAGGGACCUGGCCUCGAUGUUGGUUCGAGUGCGCUUCCUUAGAUCAGUCAGAGCCGAGAGGAGGAUGAGGAGGAAAAACCGAGAUCACAGGGCACGCAGCAGCAAUACGAACCAGCACCAUGCCGCCGCCGACAUAGAGUGGAGAUCGCCGACGGGGUCCCUGGGCAGUCGCAUGGGAGUGGGUAUGGUGGACAGGGGGGCCAUGGAUACGGAUAUCAUCAUGAACUUGGACGGAAACCCUCUCCGCAAUAAUCAACACAUCCACCAUCACCGAGGCCGUCACGAUUCCGCCCAGUCAUCACCACAAGCCUUGCUAUCCGAGUCGGCCACAGCAAGCCCCGAAACCUCGCACGCAUCCCACGCGUCAUGUCAGCUUCACCAGUCACCCAUCAACUCCCCGGAGACUUCGCACACCUCUCAUGGCGCCCCAUCGCACCGAGAGAGGUCACCAGUGAGGUCCGAAAAGUCCAUGUCAAGUUCGCUCAAGUCAGCCUCGGAAUCCCUUAGGUCGGCAUUCAAGAGGAGGUCAUGGGCAUCGGUGCUGUCGAGCAUAUCGUCGGGUAUCUCCAGUCUUGCCCGUUCUUCGUCAUCGGCAUCUUCCAAGGGGGUUGGCCAUAGCGAGAACGGUCCUACGGUUGCGCUCAGCAAGUUGAGUCGAGAUGAUUUUCUUUCUCUGCUGGAAGAGAACAAGCCAUUGGCAUCAGCAACCAAAGCAAAGGUUGCCAAGGCGCUGCAGAACCCCUUGUUCAAGAAGAAGUACUCUUCUGUUAAUCCCAAGACGGAGGAAUUGAACAAUGCGUUGCUUGCCAUGUGCUGCUCGGCUCAUAUUGAAACCAGCUCCCCUCCUUGUGUGCAUGAGAGACUAUCCAAGGCCAUUGAAGCCCAGGACUCUGAAGGUCAUGCCUUCCGCAAGUUUACCGUUACCGACGAGGAGGCCAAUAUGGUGGACAAGUAUGGCAACAUUCUUCUGCACGUCGCUGCCCGAUGGGGCGCCCGUGUUUCCAUUUUGUUGUUGCUUCUGCGACACACUGAUGAUAUCCAGGCAGUUAACGUUCGUGGCGAGACUUUUCUCCAUGUUUACGAACCCCCAAGUCACCCAAAGCUAAGGCCAGCUUCUUUCAUCAACCUUGUGCGACAUCUGCGAUCACGGGGCUUCGACUUUUGUCAACGAGACGUCGAGAAGCGGACAUUUCUACAACACCUGGUCCCGAAGAAGACCUUCCCCAUCGAGAUCCUUCAUUGUCUGUUCCGUGAAGUCGGCCACGGGACGGCCCGCUUUCUUGUUGCCAACAAGUGCUCGGCUGACGAACGACUGUGGCACUGCAUCCGCAAGAACCUUUCGUAUCAAUCGCCCAAACUCCACCGCAUCUUCGGCGACGAGCAGGAGUUUGUCCGGCGCUAUCUCCCCGAAUUCAUGGGGGAUUCCUCGUGCAACAACUCGACCCGCAUUACCAUGACCUCCGACUCGGACAGUUGGCGCGGCAGCUCAAGUCGCGGCAGCACCGCCAGCAGCUCCCAAAGCAUCAAGCGAACGCCCGUCAUGCGUCUCUUGUGCAAGAUUGCUUCCGGUCGAGACUCGGACAAGCACGGGGGCGAGGCAAACCUGGACCAGCGUCUCGAGGCCCUCCUCGGCAUCGGCCCCAAAACCACCAAGCAGGACAUCGAAGCCUGGCUCAACGAGCGAGACACCGAAGGCAACUCGGCGCUGCAUUAUGCCGCUGAGUUUGGCAUUGUGGCGGCUGUCAAGUUCAUUACUUCGCAUGGCGCUCAGGUGAACGUGAUGAAUAACUGCGGCAACACUCCCCUUCAGCUCAUCAAGUACGCGAUCCAAAGGACGGACGUCAGGACAGAUGUGUACAUGGAGGCACGAUAUUUACGCUGUGCGGUGCUUUUGUUGGAGAGAGGAGCAUUCGAUCAGAGCAAGCUUGUCAGCGAGCGAAGCGUUAUCUACCCGUACGAUGUGUUUGACGGAAGCGAGAGGUGCAUUACCAAUCUGGUGAAGCAGGGUGUGGCGUACGAGUGUCGUGGCCUGCAUUUGCUAUCCUCAUCAAUAGCACCGCAUGGGCCAGCAAUGUGGAUGGAUGAGAAUGGACAUAUGCAGUUUGCGCAACACUCUUAUGAUGAGGAAGGAAAUAAUGGGGAGGGAAGUGGACAUGUGCAUGGGCACGGACAUGGGGGAUACGGGAUGCCGAUCGGUGCGGGCGGCAUGCCGAUGCAUUUGGAGUUUCAGACUUCCUUUCUUGGUUGAUCUCGGUUGGUGAUCUCUUUAUGGAGUUUUGGGUUGAAAGGGGGCAGGAAAGGACGAUAUGAGAAACGGAGAAUGGCGCAUAACACGGGGAGUUGUUUGGAUAAG